ACAGACGGGAUACGGAGUACGGAUUACACAGCAAAGUUAUAGUAUACUCGGCGAAUUACCCACGCAACAUCCAUCCGGUCACUUUAGGAUGCUCAGUGAGUUUGCUCUUUAUCAUGACUUUCUUCCGACCGACCAUCAAGGCCGCUGCAACUCGCCUGUUGUGGUUGUGGCUUGCAGGUAUAGCGGGUCCCUCAAGCACAAGGCGGCUCGGGUCCUGCAACCGAGAGACGGCUGGUUUCACCGGUAUCCGCAGCCCCGUCAACUCGACUUCAAAGUUUGCAAAAUGGUCACGGCAUUCAUCAGUGCUCUACGGAGUAGUACGUACUACCUCCAUUGUUCCCUGCGCUGAAGAAGCCCGAGUAGCAAGAGUGGGAUGGGGUGGCGUUUGCCUCACAAGCAGUGCCAACCACUCGGCGGGAUACACAUUUGGUGUGGCGUCGAAAUAUUGGUCUCAUCACAGCUACGUGUAUCCCCCACGCCGGUGUACAAGUACGGAUAGCUCCUGCAGCUUCCUGAUCUUGGUCCUUGGAUGGGGGCUGGCGUUGAGCUGCUGUGCGACGCCAAAAGCUCGACUUUAUCAGCUGAGACGCCGUGUUUCCCAGAUUCUCGGAGUUUCCGAGAUAGGUCGUCUCUCCCUCGCCCAGACUCUGAGGAGGAUGCAGCGAGUCGGUUGGGUGAUAGCCAAUAGAGUAUGCCGCAAUGGAGAAGUCGAGGUAUGAUAACUAACGGUAUGUAGACCACGCGCCUACCAGGAGUGCCUCCCUUUUGGAUGGAACUGGCCCCCGACGUUAGCCUGCCCUGAAAUUGGGAGACAAGAAACCAAACGCGGCCGAUGAUGCCUCUCCCACAUUCUCGGGAUCAUUACCCUUGCUUGGCUGACGAGCCUCUCGCUGAACGCUUCACUUAGUAGAGUUGGAUA